UUAUUGUUCAUAGUGUGGAUGAGCUACUUUUCUAUCACUAUUACUAUUGUCCUUAGAUGUGACAGAUUGUAAUAUAAUAUACCUCAAUAAUGAAUUUUUGAAUUAAAAAAAAUACAAUCAGAGAUAUAAUAUAAGAAGGAUAAUGGUGAAUAAUGAAAAGUAGUGAUGGAUGAUACAUAUUUCUGAUUGUAUUUAACAAUUUUCAGCCCUGAUGAUGAGACACAUGCUUGGGUUGAUACAUCAGCACUAAUUAAAAAAACUAAGCUGUGCGCUUUAGAUCACACGAUAGAAGUGAAAACAUAAAACAAGGCGAGGUUAAUAAUAUGAAAUAAACAUUAUAAAUAAUAGCUCAUUACAAAGAGGAUGCAAUGAUAAAAAUUUCCCUCCCUAUCAGUAUGCAGGUCUGAUUUUUAGUUUUUGAGACAUUUUAAUCUAUAUGUAAAAGCACUUCAAUUAGUCGAUUCCAGCUGAAUUUACUCGAGCAUUACACAUAACAGAUCUGACAGCUCAGUUUAAUUCACUCUCCACAAAACAGGUACAAAAAGCGCCUAAAGAUGUUUUCACUUCAAAAACCUUAGAAACGUUUUCAUGAUUAUUUAUCACCCAUAAAUGUUUAAGAUGUCAUUUCCUUUACUCCAAAGAGUUUUUGUUUGAUUCAUUAAUAAAAUUAGAAUUUUGUUAAUCACUCAAGCAACAACUAUGAAUGGGUAGAAUACCUAUUAAUUUAUAUAGCGACAAUUAAAAUAAUACUGAUUAAUGAUAAUUUCAGAUGCUCUCUACAGUGGAAAGAUGGAUGGCUCUGGAAAGAGGAUUCAGGAAGAAAUUUCUUCAGGACAAAAUCAGGAAGACAACAGUACAAAGCAAUUUGGAAAUAAAACCAGCAGAAAAUUGUAUUGUAUAACACUUAGCAGUAUGUUCCAGUGCCCUGAAGAAUGGAAGACUGUUUCUGAAGAUUUCAGUACGGGAUGAAACUUAGUUAAUUUUGUAGGCGCUAUUGAUGGCAAACAUAUAUCAAGCCUGUCAACUCAGAGCUAUGGAGAGAAACAGCUAUAAUAAUUUUUCUGGACCCAACAUCAAAUAUGAGAUUUAUCACUAAAACCUAUCUGUGAUAGAUUCGUGAUAAAAAUAAGUCAUAGUUGGACGACAUGCAGUAACUGAGAGUUAGAAGAUGGAGAGCUCUGGCUGUUGGUGCCGUUAGACUAAAGCCUAACCAAGCCUUUUAUAAUUGUUUAUCAGUGUUCAACAGUAGUCAGCACAAGCAUCUUCUCAUUGCAUUCAUCGCUAUCUCUUCUCCAUUUGGGCUAUAUCACAAUGAAACUUUUCCCAAGUUGAAAGGGAAGAAAUCCAAAUGAGAGUGAAAAAAAUGAUUUUUGUACUACUGUAUUCGAUAUUACUGACUUUUGUACUGUUAUUUUAAGAUGAUGCCAUUAUUAAUAAUAUAAUGGAAGAUACUUUUUGUUCAUCUACUUGAUAUUAAAACAAAUUUCCUAAUCAAUUUGAAAAUAAGAAUAAC